ACCCUCUCCCUCUGUAUCGCGAGAGACUGACUGGGACAGCAGGCACAGAAAUAUUCAUAUACCUGCAACACGAGCAGUUGCAAACCCUUUAUGAAUAAAUAGAUUCCAUUUGAUUCAUCAAUACGUUUAGCAUCAACGGGGUACAGCCAGACGGAGAGCAAUGAAUAGUAAUUUGAAUACUGGCAGACACACUGCCUGCUUAGCAAUACAGCCAGCUAGCUGACCAGCAGCUCAAACUUGAGCUUUUAUUAGCAGUGCUGGUCUAGCUAUUUAGCACCAGGCUUGUUCAAUAUACAUUUGCAUUUCAUCUUGUUUGGAUUUCACUCACGCCAGCGAAAAAUAGCGUCUUUUGUGCAAAAAAGCUAACUGACUGCACCGGCCUCGCGUUACACACUCGCCUGAAGAUGGUCACAAAUCCCUACCACAGAAUCUUUGCAGAGCCUUGAAACGAACGGAGAUCACCCGAGAACCACCAUCAGCUCAGCCUGCUGCUCAUGACAUGUUUUAGUGAUAUUCCCCAAACAUACAUUUACACAUUUUGUGUAGAAUGUGAACUAUUUUAGAGCACCAGACAUUGGCGUUACAAAGUAAAAUAAUCUUUAAAUGGGGGAAAACAAAUAUCAGUCAUUUUCAGGCUACAAAUUUAUGUCUAUUCUAAAACCGUAGCCUGAUGAGCAGAUCGCGUGCCCCCCAAACACACAUAGAUCACGAAGACCCUGAUGUCCCUGAUGAUCAGUUGGUCUUAAAUCGGGCACUUAUUUGUUAGUCAUGAACGGCUCUCUCUUAACCCCGCCCAGUCCACGGGCUGCGGCUGAUUCGUCUCCCCUUCCACCCUCCCCAUCUCCAUCACCUUCUCCUCCAUCUCCAUCACUGUUGCCCCUCUCCACAAGACCCCCACCACUGCCUCCUCCAAAUCCUGCCAGUCAGCCCUUGUCAUCGUUAUCUGAAACACCCACACCAUCUCCGUCUCCCUGCCUCAGCUGGACCGAGUUCUGUGAGCUCCACGCCCGAGUAGCCGCCGGUGACUUCGCCCGGCAUUUCCGGGCCUUCUUGCAGGAGAACCCUCAUUACUCCCCUGAUUCGGCAGCUGCUUUUUGCCGCCGCUUUACUGACCGAUUCGUUCGACAUUUCGAGAGCGAGCUCGAGGGGACCGGUGUGGGUAGGGAAGGAACGGUGUGCUGGGUUGCCCAACCCGACGUUACGUCGCUGGAGGAGGACGCAGCAUCUCCGUCCUUGUUGUUGCCAGAAGCCGCCACCCUAUCCCUGCCUACUCACACGCGGGCUGCACCCAAACCAGUCUCAAUCCAGGAGGGCCGUGGCACAGAGCAAUUCCAGAGUGCCGGAGCAUUUCAGGACUCGUAUGCUCAUACUCAGAUUCUCCCUCCGUCCUCCUCUUCUUCAUGCUCUUCCUCUAUGGGUGGGAAUAAUGGGAGGAGGGAGGAGAGGGGAAUAGCGGUCAAAUAUAACCAACCUGAAUACAAAGACCUGGAAGAAGAAGACGACAGCUGGGUUGGGCCUGUCGCUGGAGGGGAGGUGGAGACAGAUGUAGUAGGAAAAGACAAUGAGGACGAGGGUGAUAUGACUUUGGAUAGAGCCGAUCUCAGCCAGACUCCGACAUGCCCCAGUCCCUCUAGCACACCAGCAAACUCUGGGUCAAAAGGCAAUGGGACACCCAUUGGGGGUCACUCUAAGAAUAAACUAAAAAAGCGGUUCUCUUUGCGCAGCGUGGGCCGCAGCGUCAGAGGGAGCGUGCGAGGCAUCCUGCACUGGCGCAGCUCCUCCAGUGACUCUCCUCCGAACUGCAGCUCUGGUAAUUCUGCCCCGCUUCCCUCCAGUUACAGCUACACUACAGGCCUGCAAGACGCCAAGAGGAACUCCGCCUCGCAGGGUGUUCCCACUUCUAUCCCUGUCUCUCUCUCCCUUCCCCUCUCUCUCCCUCACUCGUCGUCCUCUUCAUUGCCCCCAUCAUCCUCCAGUAGCGCCACCUCUCUGUCGCUCUCUGAGGCCCGUGACUGGCGGAGAAGCAACGGUGAUGGGGAAAAGGAGAAAUGGAGUCACCGGUUGGAGAAACUGCGGCUGUCUCGCUCACCGCCACCGACUCUGUCCACAACAGCUCCACCUUCUUCAGCCGUGUCGCCCUCGGCGUUACCCCCAAGCAGCAUCGGUGCCCCGAGGAAGAUGGGCAGGCUGGUACGGGAGGGAGGUGUGACCGUGUGCUCCUCUUCGGACGAGUUUGCCAGCACUCAUGGAUUCCCAGGAUUUCCCUUUGGACUGCUGCAUCACGGCACAGACAGCACAGCGUCAGGACAUCCCACGGCCAUGGGAGGAGCUGCAGACGGAAGGGGUAUGCGUUGGCACAAGUGCCGUCUAGUUCUGAAAGAACGAGAUAAGGAUGGAGGGGAUGGAGGGCUGGAGUAUUUCCUGGAGUUUUACAUCCCACCUAAGUCGUCCAAGCCCAGAGUGACUGUCCCAUGCUGCUCGACUGUUAAUGUGAGGAGCACUACAGCUAUAGAGGUGCCAGACAAAGAGAACACCUUCCUUCUACAGGUGGAAGGUCAGGUGCGGUACGUGAUCGAGACCAGAGAUGCGGUUCAGAUGAGAGCUUGGCUUAGUGACAUCAGAAACGCCAUUUGUUUGAGUGAGCAAGAGGAUGUUGAGGGAGUGUGUGGCAGUGCUCUCAGCGAGCUCAGCGGUAUGACAGAAUUCAACGACCGCCUGUCUCAAGUGUGCUAUGGUGGAGUUGGUGGUUCGCCCCAGCUGGAGCCCCUACCUCCUGAGUUGCCACCCCGUGCCCCUCUUGAUGAAUCAGACAGUCGACUGCUUGGUGGGGGCGGAGCUAGUCUUGGCACACCUUUUGCAGAAACUCCUGAUGCCACAGGGUCAUUCCUGUUCUCUGAAGGUUCUGUUUCAGAGACGGUGGAACAUCCUCUGAGUGAGUGUCAGUGGUUCCACGGCACACUGUCCCGUCUUAAGGCAGCCCAGCUGGUGCUGGCGGGCGGCAUGGCCAGCCAUGGAGUGUUCCUUGUGCGACAGAGUGAGACACGGCGUGGGGAGUACGUCCUCACCUUCAACUUCCAGGGCAAAGCAAAGCACUUGCGUCUCUCCCUGAACGAGGAUGGACAGUGCCGUGUGCAGCAUCUCUGGUUCCAGUCCAUUUUUGACAUGCUGGAGCAUUUCCGUGUGCACCCCAUUCCCCUGGAGUCUGGGGGUGCCUCUGAUGUCACCCUCAUCAGCUUUGUGGGGGCCACGAAUGUCCGGCAAACAGGCCGGGAAAGGGCAGGCAGCCGCCCCACAGUCUGUGAUGUCAUCACCACGCGCCACCCCGACUCUCCAUCAACCCCCAUCUCUGACUGUGUACUUGACCAGCAGACCCCGUAGUCCUCCUCAGCCACCUCCUCCCCCUCUGCCUCCCGGACGCCCUCCGCCCCCAACCCCGCCGCAGGAACGAGGGAGCGAAACGGAGGCCGCUGGAGCAAGCAGCGGGGCGGAAGAGUGCGAGGAACGGGAGCGGGACCCGCCCCUCCUCCAGCUGGAAGGGGUGGAGGGCGAGGAGAGAGAAGGAGGGAGAGCAAGAGCCGUCGACAACCAGUACUCCUUCUUCUAAAACGUGGAGAAGAAUGAGGUGGGAUGGAGGAAGAAGAGGAGAGCCCUUCACAAUCAGUUUUCAGUAUUCUCCAGCGGAAGAACUGACCGAUGGGUCACACGACCGAGUUAUUAACACUAUUAAGCAUUCAUGGUACGAGAGAGAGAUGGAGAGAAAGAGAGAGAGAGACACCCAAACACAUAAGCAUAUAUGAUACUGACGGUACAAUUUAUUAAAACACUAAGUAAUGGUACUACACUAAACUGGAGGUGCAUUGUGAAAAUGUUGGUCAUCUUUUACUCAUUGGUUCUCCAGUGUUUGUCAGUGCGAAAGGUCCUCCUCUGGUGCUGCUGCAAGGGAAGGUACGGAAGUGUGAGCGCCGCCACUGAGCUGGUGUUGUGUUUUUAGCAACUUAUUUCUUGAAGAGUCCUUCACGUCAUCGCAAUGUCAAGUCAUUACAGUGUCGGACUCACUUAUUGAUUUAGAUGGCUAGUAUUCUUUGACCCUUCGCACUUAUAGAAAAGGAGUUUCUUUUUUCCCUCAGGUGAGAGGAGAUUGUUACCCACCAGCACUCUUGUUAUUAUUAGUAGUGUUAUUAUUAUUACUGGAGCUGUUUAAGCUGUUUUCUUUUUGUUCUGCCACUGACAAACUACGAAUGUCACAAAGUAAUAACUUUUUAUCUUGUUAAUUUCAAUUGUACUGAUUUUUGCUAGUUCAGUAGCGGGCAUUGCCUCGAGCCUAACAACGUCCACUUUUGCCAAAAAUUUUCAAGCCCAGUCCUCUGAAGUCCAUUAGUAUUCUUCUUCUUCUUAAGGUUAAUUACCAUAUUAAACAUCUCCAUAGACUCCAUUAUUACCUCAGAGUCCUGAUCUGUCGCCUGGCUCCUCUGCUCUCUCUCUCCCUCUCUUUCUCCCUCGCUGUCUUUGCAUCCUACCCUUCCUUUUAGCUUUACAGUCUUUGGUUUUAUUGGUGCGUUUAUUUCUAAGAUAGAUUCCAGAGGAAGGAGAGAGAAUGUCCUUCAUUAAAAAAAGAAAAGAAAGAGAAAUUAUUGAAAAAACGAUAAUAACUGAUGAUGGUGAUGAUAAUAAUUGUCCAAAUAAUAGUAGUUUUAUUUUUUGUUCGUUUCAAAAUGCCUUUAUUUUUGUUGUUUAUAAUAUGAACGCAUAAUAUUUGUUCUCCAAAAUCAGUUUUUCUGUUUCUAAUUUGUUGUGCCUUCUUAUAUCUGUUCUAACCUCACUCUGUCCCACUGCGUUCUCCUUCAAACUGUGCUUCGGUAUCCACAGAUUUCAGGAAAACUUUUGAAAAGGAAAAAUAGAUAAAGAGCCCCUUUCUUCUUGUGCCUUUUCAUGUUGUUAAUUGUCAUUCCCUCUUGUUUCGUGCCAGUCAUUCUUGAUUUUGUGCCUCAGUCUGUCUUUUUGCAGUGUCUGCCAUCCAGUUCAGUGCCUGCAUCUGUAUUCUCCUGCUUUGUCUCUCUCGUUCUGUCUCUGCUUUUUCACUUGUUCUCUUCUUGAUCCUACAGAUCAUUUGUUAUGAUUUGUUUUCUCUCCAUUUUCCCUGUGCUCCCCCCUUUUACCCUUUAUUUAAACCUCUUACUGUGCCUUCUCUCUCUUUUCACUUCUCUCUCUGUCUGUAUGUGCUGGGACCGUGUGUUAAGGUGGACAUUGUUGCCCACUCUGUGUAAUUAGUUUCAGGUACUACAUUGAAUUAAAUGAUGAUGAUAUGAUAUAAUAUAAUUAUUCUGAAACAAUA